AUGAUCGGGAUAGCGCCGCCGCUGUCCCAGCGACCGAGGGCCCCGCCGCCACCCAGCCAGGCUGGAGCGGGCGCACCGGGCCCGGUUGAAGAGGGAUUGAGGAGUCUGGAGCGGUGGAGGAAGACCGCUGAGUAUGCUGAAGAGGGAGCGUCCGUGUCGGAUGUGAUGCGUGAGCUCCGAGAAGAUGAAGAAGACGACGACUAUGAAGAGAAGGAGGCGGUCAAGACGGAGACCGCGACUGGAGUCCAGCCGGUGACCUCGGCUGGAAUGAAGACGGAGACCGUGGCGGAGGCCAAGUCGGAGCCCGCCGUGAAGGGCGAGCCGGAGCCACCGGUCUCGAGUCCGAUGGGACGGUCGAGUGUGGGGCAGCCCUACGCUCAGCCGACGGACUAUGGGUACGGCUACGGGAUGUACGCCGACGACGAGGAAGACUACCACGACGCGAUGGAGGAGCCGGUCCCGACGCAGCGAGGCCGGAGCCCGCCGAACGGAUCGCCCUGCCUUUGGAUGGAGCUGGAGCGCUCAACAUGGUUCGGGGAAGGCCCCGAGUAUGGAGGAUGGAGUGGGAGCGGAAGCGCGGUGAAGUCGCCGACCAAGUCGCCCCCUCCGAUGAAGAAGUUGCAGUUCGCCGGCGGUCCGGCUGGGCUCUCGAAGCCGCUCGGUGGCGGAAUGCCCAUGCAACCUACAACGGACCCUACGGCAAGUCGGACGCCUGGAACGGGUACGGCUCCGCCGGCUCCGACGGCUGCACCGUCGACGAGUUGGCUCGGUGCCAGUGGACUUUCGCCGAGUGCCUACAACCUGUCUACGAUGGUCUCGCACGCCGUGAAGGUGCUGCCGAUGUUCCAUUCGGACACGGCCACGGUGGAGAAGGCGCGGGACUUCUGGGAGCUCUUCGAGGACCACACGGACGGUUUCCCCGACCGGUCCAGAUUGCUGGUGUUCCGUCAGAAGCUGCGAGGCCGCGAGGCUGACCGGUGGUGGAACAACUCGAGGAUCAUGUCGUUCAGGGCGCUCAAGGUGCGGUCCCAUAACCAGCGCCUCAGCCGGACGGCUGACAAGCUGUGGGAGCUGCUAGAGAACACGAAGAGGCAGCGCGGAGAGUCCGUGGAGGAGUGGGGUGACCGAGUCUCGGACCUGUGCGAGUCUCUCGACUACCCGAAUCCGCAGAUGCGGUACCAGCUCUUCCGCCGAGGAAUGCGGAACAAGCGCAUGCUGGCGACCUUGGACGCGAGUCCCGCGUCGGACAUUCCGGAGGCGUGCGAGUGGCUCAUGUUCAAGGACAUGCACCGUCCGAUCGAGGCGGAGGACGAGUUCUCGGACAGCGAGUCCAAGAAGAAGAAAAGAAGUCGGAGGAGGCCCCCGCGACGACUGCGGUCGAGGCCCUCGCUGAGCAGAUGA